AUGGCGGGGGCAGCUCCCGACCCCACCCCGACCCUCCCGGGCGAGCGCUACCCGGAGCGGCGAGGGUCGGCACGGCUUCCCCGACCUCGACCUCGGCCGCUGACCAGGGCCUGCGGGAGCGCCCGCGGCAUGCUGGAAGUUGUAGUUCGGACUUCGUCCCGGCGGGCACUGCGCAGGCUCGGGCAGGAGGUCACACAGCUGGCGGCCUGGGUUGCGGUGAUCACCCUCAUCCCGGGCCUGCCUUCGUUCCAGGUGGCCUUCAGUGGCUUUGUGCAGGCGGGUUUGUCGGGGCGCCUCUGUGUUGAGCACGUGCGGUGGCUUCCGUCACCAUGGCUGCUGUUGGCUCCUUUGCUGUCCCCAACGGUCCCCCAGGUCACCUCCCCUCCUUGCUGCCUGUGUCCAGAGGGUGUGCACAGGUUCCAGUGGAUCCGGAACCUGGUCCCAGAGUUUGGGGUCUGCAGCUCGCACGUCAGGGUGCUUUCCUCCCCGGCGGAAUUUUUUGAGCUCAUGAAGGGCCAGAUAAAAGUGGCGAAGAGACGGGUCGUGAUGGCGUCUCUCUACCUGGGGACGGGUCCUCUGGAACAGGAACUGGUAGAUUGCCUGGAAAGCACUCUAGAAAAGUCACUCCAAGCAAAGUUUCCUUCAGACCUCAAGGUGUCCAUUCUCUUGGACUUUACACGGGGCUCAAGAGGUAGGAAGAACUCACGUACGAUGCUGCUCCCGCUGCUGCAGAGAUUUCCAGAGCAGGUUCGCGUCUCCCUCUUCCACACGCCUAACCUCCGUGGGCUUCUCCGGCUCCUGAUCCCCGAGCGCUUCAAUGAGACUAUCGGCCUGCAGCACAUUAAGGUGUACCUCUUUGACAACAACGUCAUCUUGAGUGGCGCGAACCUGAGCGACUCCUACUUCACCAACCGUCAGGACCGCUACGUGUUCUUGCAGGACUGCCCCGAGAUCGCAGACUUCUUCACAGAGCUGGUGGAUGCGGUGGGGGACGUGUCCCUGCAGUUGCAGGGGGAUGACACGGUGCAGGUGGUGGAAGGGAUGGUGCAUCCUUACAAAGGUGACCGGGCCGCAUACUGCAGGGCGGCCAACAAGAGGGUUAUGGAUGUGAUCAACUCAGCCAGGGCCCGCCAGCAAGUGCUGCACGCCCAGACCUUCCACAGCGACUCCCUCUUGACCCAGGAGGACGCGGCAGCUGCUGGUGACCGGAGGCCGGCCCCCGACACCUGGAUUUACCCACUGAUCCAGAUGAAGCCCUUUGAGAUCCAGAUUGACGAGAUCGUCACCGAGACCCUGCUGACGGAGGCUGAGCGAGGCGCCAAGGUCUACCUCACCACUGGCUACUUCAACCUGACCCAGGCCUACAUGGACCUGGUCUUGGGCACGCGGGCCGAGUACCAGAUCCUGCUGGCCUCCCCGGAGGUGAACGGCUUCUUCGGGGCCAAGGGGGUGGCGGGUGCCAUCCCGGCCGCCUACGUGCACAUCGAGCGGCAGUUCUACGGCGAGGUGUGCAGCCUGGGGCAGCAGGAGCGGGUGCGGCUGCAGGAGUACUGGCGGAGGGGCUGGACGUUCCACGCCAAAGGCCUCUGGCUGUACCUGGCAGGGAGCAGCCUGCCCUGCCUCACGUUGAUUGGCUCUCCUAAUUUUGGGUACAGGUCAGUUCACCGGGACCUGGAGGCCCAGAUCGCCAUAGUGACGGAGAGCCGGGCCCUGCAGCAGCAGCUUCACCAGGGGUACAUUGAUUUCUGUGGCUUUGGCGUGCGGAGACUCAUUUCUAGGCAGUUCCACCUGUAUGCCUGCAUGCUGGGACUUCGCCCUCCCCCCACCCUGCCAGGUGGCCCGUAUAGUGCCUGA